CUGCACGCCGCUGCGGCGGGCCGGACCGACCGCCUCGCCGCAGAAUGUCUAAGGCCAGAUGGGGGAUAUUUACAUAUUAGGCAAGUUGAGGAGCAGGUUUCCACAGAGCUUCAUGGUAGUUUACAGGAGGCUUGGCUGACUUCCUCAGGCAGGAUUAAUUUAUUUUUGGAAAUCAAGUGCAAUAAUAAGAGGAAAACAAACUGUACUGCACAUUAUUUGAAGCCAUUUCUGCUAAUUUUAUUACAUUUUAAAAUUUAUGAUUUGAUUUGAAUACUAUCAUGGGAGGAGCGGUGAGUGCUGGGGAAGAUAACGAUGACUUAAUUGAUAACUUAAAAGAAGCUCAGUAUAUCCGCACUGAAAGAGUGGAGCAAGCCUUCAGAGCAAUUGAUCGCGGAGAUUACUAUUUGGAAGGCUACAGAGACAAUGCUUACAAAGACUUAGCCUGGAAGCAUGGGAACAUACACUUGUCAGCACCUUGCAUUUAUUCUGAAGUUAUGGAAGCAUUGAAACUUCAACCAGGAUUGUCUUUUCUUAACCUGGGAAGUGGAACCGGAUAUUUAAGUACAAUGGUGGGCUUAAUUUUAGGUCCUUUUGGAAUAAAUCAUGGGAUUGAGCUUCAUUCAGAUGUGGUGGAAUAUGCCAAGGAAAAACUGGAGAGCUUCAUCAAAAAUAGUGAUAGCUUUGAUAAAUUUGAGUUCUGUGAACCGGCAUUUGUGGUUGGCAAUUGCCUCCAGAUAGCAUCUGACAGUCAUCAGUAUGAUCGAAUUUAUUGUGGAGCUGGAGUCCAGAAAGACCAUGAGAACUACAUGAAAAUAUUACUGAAAGUUGGAGGCAUUCUAGUCAUGCCUAUAGAAGAUCAGUUAACACAAAUUAUGCGAACUGGACAAAAUACUUGGGAAAGUAAAAAUAUUCUUGCUGUUUCAUUUGCUCCACUUGUGCAGCCAAGUAAGAAUGAUAAUGGCAAACCCGAUUCUGUGGGACUCCCCCCCUGUGCUGUCAGGAAUCUGCAGGACUUGGCUCGUAUUUAUAUUCGACGCACACUUAGAAAUUUCAUAAACGACGAGAUGCAGGCCAAGGGGAUUCCUCAGAGGGCUCCACCCAAAAGGAAAAGAAAGAGAGUUAAGCAGAGAAUUAACACUUACGUGUUCGUGGGUAAUCAGCUUAUUCCUCAGCCUCUAGACAGCGAAGAGGAUGAAAAAAUGGAAGAAGAUAAAGAAGAGGAAGAGAAAGAUGACAGUGAUGCCAUGAAGCCAGAGGAGCCACCUCAGAAUCUACUGAGAGAGAAAAUCAUGAAGCUCCCCCUCCCCGAAUCUUUAAAAGCUUACUUGACAUAUUUCAGAGAAAAAUAACUUAAACCACGAAGAAAGAAUGCCUACUGAUAAUUCCUUUAGUCUUGAAAAUGUAGCAUUUGUUAGAAGUUAAAGGAGAGAGAAAUCUCUUCUAUCAGCAAAUUGUAGUGGGGGUGGGGGGAGUAUAACGUUUCUGUCUUACUAAUGAUGCAUUCAGUGAUUAAAAAGAAUCCCUUUUAUAAAAUAUAUUUUUCUUUAAAUCUUGGAAAAAUUGCUGUUUUAAUUCAGUGACUUCAAGAGUGGAAUUCAGCAAUAGUCAAGACUUUGUGUACUGUAAAUCUUUUUCUGAUUCCCACAGAUUUGUUUGUAGUCGUGAGGGGUGGACUUCAUUUUAUAUAAGGUUAAAUAAUUAUUAAGCAAAUACAACCUUAUUUGAAUUGCAGUUUGCCUUUCCUCUAGGAAAACUCAAAUGCUUUGUAGACCCACUUACCUUCCUGUUUUUUGCAAUCCCUAUUGCUGAGUUACUGUAGAUGCAUUCCGGGCAAUAUAUGAGUGCAAUAACAAUACAGACAUUGAGUAAUUUAGCUUUAAAAAAGCUUCAUGGAAUUCAACAGCACUGCUACUUUUGCUUUUGAAUCUAUUGCCAAAAGACACGGGAAAAUACCUGCUUCUCUCAUAGAGAUUUUAAGAGCAUACAUCAAGUGAACAUUAAAGUAAAACGUAUAUGCUUAAUACUCAUAAUUUGUAUGGACCCUUUACAUUUUCAGUAUUUAAAAAUGAUGAGGUUAUAUUACUCUGGAGUUUUAGAAGAUAGUAUAUUUAGGAUUGUUUUUUCUAUAGUCCACUGUGUAAAGUAUUUGGUUUUAAAAAAUCCAUUGUUCUGUAUGACUGUUGAUAGCACAGAGAGUGAAUGAAAAGCAUGAGUGGUGGCCACUUCUGGAUCCUGCUCGGUGGCAGGGCCUGAGCAGAGUUGGUUAUAGCAGGUGCACUUUAGCAAAUGGAACUUCUAGUUCAUCUGAGUACUUCUCUUUGGCUGAGCUAGUCUGCGUUUGCUUUGAAAUUCAUUUUCGUAGUAUAAGAAAUAUUCACAGAAAUUGUAUAUAGAUGCCUUUUGCUUUGAAAAUUUAGUUCCAAGUCAUAGUGUAAUCUUUGGGACCCACAUUGUGCUCAUUUAAUUUCUUCCCAUGCCUGUUAUUUCUCUUGGUAAAAUUAGAAUGAUUUUCAUUUUUUUGCUGAAUGUCACAUAAACUAUCAUUUAACAGUUAUAGCUUUUCAGUGAUAACACAAGUACUAAAUGCCAUUUUUUAGUGUCUUUUCAUCAUAUAGGGCCUGAAAUCAGUCAUCCUCAUUAAGGUAUACAAUAUAGCCUAUUUAGUCAUUAGUGUCACAAGGAUUACGUAUUAUUUAAAAGGGAAAUCUGAGAGUAUCACUUAUUACCACCAGCAUCACUGUUAAAAUAGUUGAUCAAAUAUGCUGAAGGAAACCCAGUCAGUGUACAGUGGAAGGAUUAUCACCUCUGCAAAUACUCAGUUAGUAAUACAUAGAUGCUUUAAAAAAAUCUCAGUUCUGGAAAUUCCACAUGUCUAAAACCAAGUGUUUGAAAUAUUCUAAGCAUAAACGAUCCUAAAUAAAUGAGAACAUUUUAGUUAUAUAAUUUCAUGGAAGGUGAUUGUUUUAUACCAGUGACAGAGGCUAGGGGGUUGGGUGGGGUAUCUCCACGAGUUUUCUCAGAUGAUUACUAAACCGUUACUUUUAAAUGCCUCAUGCCAUUUAUGUCAAGGAAAUUGUUUUAUACAAUUGUCAUCUAUUUAAUUUUGAAUUAAAUAUUAGUUUUAGAAGUUUAAUCUUGAGUUCCUGGUAUGUAUUUUUACCCAGCACCCCUCCACACACAUUUGUUGUUUUCAGAGCUGACCCAGAUAUGCAGACGUGAUGAUUUUCUUAAAUGAUGGUUUCGCUGGCAGGAGAGAGUUUUUAUCUAGGCUGACUUUGAAGAUUGGCUUUUUCAUCACAUUUUUUAGUCUGUUGACCUUGGCAAAGUGUACACCAGAUUUUCAUGAUUGCAUAUUUUUGUCAUUGAAAUGUAUCCUUUCUGUUUUUAAAUGCAUUCAUUUUACAGUUGUGACUUUAUUAUUGACUUUAAAGAAAGAAAUAGAAAUAAAAACUGAUAAUGCAACUGAAAGCCCUUUUAUGUAUUAAUGGGAAUAUAUUAGAGUGAUAAACAAUAUGUUGCGUUUGUGUUUAUUUUUCAAUGCAUUCAUGUUUACUUGAAUAUAGGUGAUUAUGCUUUAUAAGUGGAGAAGUAGCAAGUAAAAGAUGAAGUAAAGUUAAUUGAAAAUGAUGAGUAUAUCAUGUGAUUUUUUAUAGCCAGAUGAGAAAAUAGAAAUAAUCUAACCCAGUAAAUUAUUUUGCAAGAGAGAGUAGGGGAGGUAGCAUGAUUUUCCUAAAUCAGACAGCUAGUUGGAGAUGGCUCAAAAUAGCAUCCAGCAUCUGAUAAAUCCCAAGGAAUUUGUCAAUGGCACCAUAACUACUAAGAAAAUAAUUUAAAUCUAUACUGCUUAUUGGUCUAUAUAUUUGGUUCUAGUAUUAAUAAAGGAAAAUGGCACAUGUAGUGGUUAAAAUAAAAUAUUAAAAUGUGUGUUGGUUUCUAGCUGUCUGUGGGCAUAAAAGUGAAGCAAAACCUGUUAAAUUGUGGGAAGACUUGGGAAAUUAUUUUAAAUAAACAAUUGCAUAUAAUGAAACCAUU